AUGGUGUUGAGUAAGUUCGUGUUUAAUAAGGAUUCAAAGGGCAUUCAUCUGUCCGGAAUCAUGGCGAUCCUGUUCUGUGGCAUCGUGAUGUCGCACUACACGCACUUCAAUCUUUCGACGGUUACGCAAAUCACUAUGCAGCAAACGAUGCGUACGCUCGCCUUCAUCGCCGAAACGUGCGUGUUCGCGUACCUCGGGCUGGCCAUUUUCUCCUUCAAGCAUCGCUGCGAGCUAUCAUUCGUCAUCUGGGCGAUCGUGCUGUGUUUGCUCGGCCGGGCUUGCAACAUCUUUCCUCUGGCGUGGUUGGUCAAUCGAUUCCGCGAGCACAAGAUCACCAACCGCAUGGCGUUUAUCAUGUGGUUCUCGGGGCUGCGUGGCGCCAUUUCGUACACCCUGUUGCUGCACAUGCAGUUCUCCACCGAGGAGUCACGGCACGUCGUCAUCACCACAACGCUUAUCAUCGUUCUUUUUACGACACUGUUCUUCGGUGGCUCGACAAUGCCGCUUAUGAAAUAUCUGCAGGGCGGGAAGAAAGUGAAACGAUCGUCUCGGGCUGGUCGUGCCGGUCGCUAGCGCAAGGAGAAGGCACUGUCGCUGAGUAAAACGCGCGAAUGGGGGCAGGCCAUCGAUUCCGAGCACCUGUCCGAGCUAACAGAGGAAGAAGAGGUCAGCUUCACGCAGUCCCGUAUCGGCGGGUUCGCCCGAUGGGAUCGAAAGUUUUUCACACCCUUCUUUACGCGCCGCUUUACGCAUCAGGAGCUACACGAUUGUAAAAGCCAAAUGGCUGAUCUCACAAAUAAAUGGUACCAAGCGAUAAGGAUAUCGCCAGACGAUCAGGACGAAGAAGACGACGACGAUGGUGACGCAGACGCCGGUUCGGAACGUUCCACGACAAACAUCGUGUUUCCCGCACCGUCCGGUCGUGCUGGGAAAUCCUGAUGCCCCGAUAUGGUUGGUCGUGGAAUACGGUCCUUGCCGGUACCCAGCUCCCCAACGACCGAUGUUAUCGAGCCACGAAGCUGUGAAGAAAACCCCAGUGCCACUAGGCUCUACGAUACGUCUCCUUUACGCACAGUUGAUUUUUUGUGAACGCUUCCGAACGGGAACUACGGCAGGUGAUAGCGGAUGUAGGAAACAAGGAUAUACGUAGUUUAAUACUAGUUCGAACUGUUAGACCGCCGUGGUAGAGAAGCGAAAGGAUCGGAGUGAUUAAUGACUGCUCCGCUGCCAAACGGGUGAUGGGUUCGGUACAGGAAGUGUUUCUUGAUUAUUUUACUUUUUUCCAAAAAACGUUUAAAGAAAUUGCUUGUAUGUUAAUCUAUUCUACGGUGAUAAUUCGCUAGUCAGUGUAACAAAGGUAUAAAACGAGUAUUAUCAGGGAAUGAAACUCGUACACAAAA